CUCCUGCCGUUAAAUAAUCACAUGAUCAUAGUCAUUAUGAGUUAUCCACAGCAGCCUCUUCACCACCCAAUGCACAUAACGUUUUUUAUUUUUCAUUUUAGGACACAAUCACCUCACCAUCUAUAUAAAAACCUUCAUUCGUAUCAAUCUCUUACUCAUCCACAAUAAUCAAAAUCAAAAUGGCAGCUUACACAACUUUCAAGCUCUUUCUUCUCACAGCUCUUCUAACCUUGACUAUGCCAUUCUUAGCCACAAGUGCUCGACCUUUGAAUCCUAACCUAAUUCGGUCGAACCCGAACCUCGCAGCCAGGUUGAAUUUGGGUGAAGAAUCGUCUAACUGUUGGGACUCUUUGUUUCAACUCCAGGCAUGUUCUGGUGAGGUUGUUAUGUUUUUUCUGAAUGGUGAGACUUACUUGGGUCACAGCUGCUGUGAAGCCAUUCAGACCAUUGAGCAUCAGUGUUGGCCUGCCUUACUUGGCACGCUAGGGUUUACCGCGGAAGAGACUGAUGUACUCAAGGGUUACUGCGAUGAAGCCGAUCAUGUCAAAUCCCCGCCGACAAAUCCACCACCACCACCUUCAAUUCAUGAUCCUAUAAAUGUAAAAUUUGUUCCUAAUUUGGAGAAGUUGGUCCCUUGAAGAAUUUGAGAUCUUCAAUCAAUAAGAAUAACGCAUGGGGUCUCUAGCCAUGCUAGUUACUUAAUUAGUGGGGUCUAUUUUGUUCAUCUUAAUUAUGUUAAUGGCUUAAUUGGUCUUAUACCUUUAUGAGUGUAUUAAGACUAAAUGAUUAGAAUAAUCAGUUUCUAUCGAAUUCUAUAUGGCCUAUCAUGAAUGCAUAGUUUUUGUUUUU